AUGACCGAACUCAUGGCCGUGGUCCAGGAGGAAUGCAAGGUUUGGAAGGAGGAGGAGGAGUGUUUAGCCAGGAAGGAGGCCCAAUUGGCAAAGGCCCUGAAGACCGCCAACAAUAAACCGCAAGCACCAGCCCCGCCAGCCAAAGGCCCUGAGAUUGGCGUCCCCAAUAUGGAACUACUCUUGGGAGGAAUAGAGCUUGAGAGGGAUGAGUGCUUUAUUGGGCUGCCUCUCUGA